GAGGCUCGGGGCCCCACGCGCGAGAGGGAGGAUGACGUCGUUCGCGUCGCCGACGGCGCCGCGCGCGCGCGUCGUCGCCGCGGGCGCGAACCCGCGCGUCGCGCGCGCCGCGUCGUCGUCCGCGCGCGUCCGCGCGCGCGGCGCGUCGGCGUUAGGGAAGAAAGCGAGCGAAGACCGUCGCCCCGUCGCAGCGUCAGCGUCGUUCGCAUUAUUCUCUCCCUCGCGGACGACGACGACGACGACGACGACGACCGGACGGCGAGGCCUGACGAUCGUCGCGAAAGCGUCCGACGGCGGCGGCAACGGCGGCGGCGUCGGAAAGUUCCUCACCGGUUUCCUGAUCGGCGGCGCCGUCUGCGGCGUCGCGGGCGUCCUCUUCGCCCCGCAGCUCUCCAAGACGUUCCUCAAGGGAAAAGACUCGGUCGGGAAGUUUCUGUACGAGGAUUACGACGAGGACGACGACGACUCGCUCGAGCGCACGCGGCGCAACUUGAACGACAAGAUCGCGCAGCUGAACAGCGCGAUAGAUAACUUCAGCACGGAGGCGGACCGCGGGCUGAGCGACAAGAUCUCGAAGCUGAACGGGGAGGUGGAGAAGCUCGAGAAGAACGCCGAGGGCGGCGCGGAAGCCGCCGCCUAG